ACUUUCUCUAGUGGCAUGCCUUUCCAAUAGCGAAGGUUGUUUCCACAGGGGUAGCGUUUUAAAUCUUCUUAGAGCCGCCGUCAUCUCGGUCUUUACCUUGGAGCGCUAUGCCGGUGGCAGCGAUUCUCGGGGCAUUGGAGACCAUGGAAUCGCAUUCUAGCAAAUGAAACAGCCAAGCUUCACUUCUUUUUCUGUCCAGUGCGCGCGAUGACGUUCGAGUGCAGGGCCACCAAUUCACUGGCCUUUGCAACAUGCCAGUCAGGAGCGCUUGGUGGUAAUGGUACCAUGUCACCUUAUCUAUUCAAGGGCGCUCAAGCUUUUGGUGGUUUGGUGGGCGCUACACGUCUCGAUUAAAGGCGAGAGCGGUGGUCAUAUAUUCCAGGGCCGAUUGAGACCGCCAUCUGUUACUAAGCAAGCAAGACGCGGACGUUGUUCCAUCGGUUGCGGAGUUAUGUACAAGGGCCAGUCCCCAUGACAGCUGCAGGCAAGCUGCAGGCAAGCUGCAGGCACGUAUAUUUCUUGGAUGGUCAAGGGUGUAAAUGCAAUGUCUCCGUCGCUGUCCACGGGAGUACCAAAUGCAUAUUCCAGCUUUGUGUAAAGCUAGCUUUCGUGCAGCACGCAGACUGUUCCUUCUGUAUUCCAGGAAAAGACAAAGACAAGCUGGUUUGGCGCUUGAUACGUAACAUCUGAUAUGAUACAACUUGGCGAAGAUAAGUCAAAAAACGAACGAUGGAUGGCUCAUUGCAGCCAGUGAACUUGAGACGACAUCUUUGCAAGAUUGCUUUGUAGAUCUAAAAGGCAGGAGUGAGGAGGAAAAGAGCUCUUUUCCGGUAGCCUUCUAUCCCCUCCGCCCAAAAGAUGCCAUUCUAGAGGCUAUCAAUUCAAGGGUCUACAUCCACCACAGAGAAGAGAGAGAGGACUGGAAGAAAGAGAGAUAUCAAGGCCAGCAGCGUGGAAUCAGGUGGGCAACAGCAUUCUCCUCUUUUCGCCUCCACCGUAUUCUCAUGUGCCUGUGAUCCGUGCCUCUUCUCCGGAAAGCAUUGCUAUCGCUAUGAGUAGCUUGUUAUGAACGGCGAGUUGAGGCUCCAGCGGCGAGAUCUUCUCUUUUAUGGGUAUGGCAGCCGCUCUUCAUUUUCCCUCCCGCCUCGUUCUUCUCAGCAGAAGUCCUUGUAAAGAGGCUUCUCUUUCCGGCUCGAAUGGUGAAACGGAGUGAGAAUAUCACUCACAGGCUGUUCAAUCGACAACUAAGUUGCAAACCUUCUGGCUCUCAGUUGCACACGGUGAGGACUUUGUACGAGAAUAUUGUACCAAGUCAUACUGUCUACGAUGUGGAGUGUCCCGAUCAUACAUUCCGCAAAUUCACCAACGACGGCCAGUACUUGAUAGCUUUCACUCGAAGCUUCCAGCACCUGGUGGUUUAUCGUUUCAACUGGUUGAAUUUUUGCGUCAAAGGUGAAGCUGAAGAUGCCGAGCUCCCUCCGAAAGCAGCAAAGUUCGAGAGCUUCUUCACGGAGCUUUAUUGUGUUGCUUUGGCCACGGGAACUGAGACUAUUUGUAAGGAUUUUUUCUUGACGACGGAGAAUGGAGUCUAUGGACUGUUCGCAACAUCUACGGGCCCUGACGCUGAUGCAGCUUCGGUUCAAGGAGCCGUUCCAGGCGUGCCAUCGAUUGAGAAAAUAAGAAUUCUGGCUGUGAGAUUAGCGGAUGGUAUUAUCACGGAUGAUCGUAUCUAUCAUGACGAUUUCAUCCACUUAUCUCACAACAUGGGGGUGUUCAUGUAUGAGGAUCUUUUGGCGAUUCUUUCGGUUCGAUUCCAAUGCGUUCACAUCCUGCAGAUAAGAGAUUCUGGCACUUUUGUAGAUGUGCGAAGUGUUGGCGACUUUUGCCAGGAAGAUGACGAGCUUCUCGUCAGUUCUCAAACUCAAAAAGAAGCAUGGUAUCAGAGCACACAAGCUGUCCUACAUAAAGAGAACGAGACUACGGAGUCGAGAACCAGCUUGGAGAAGGAUUCCAAGAUCCUUCGCGACGACAGGAACUCAAGGAACUAUAAUGAUCAUGACUCCAGCCACAUUCCCGUCGGAUCCGAUUUCGAGUGCUAUUUCAGAGGGCUGCUUGGUGCCUCUUCUUCUGGGGCUGGCACAUCUUCUCAAGGCGUCACCGAGUUGCCAAUGACUUAUACAGCUUAUACACCUUUGAUAUUAUCCUAUGACAUGACGGGUGCUCGUCACGGCGACCAGAACCAGCAGAGCAGCGUCAACAAUGCAAACGCGCAGAGACGGACGGAUUUCGUCCUGAGUAGCAGGACACCACACCAGCAAGAUUUUGAAGCUAGAAGUGAGCUUGGUCAUGUUGACGACUCAUCUGGAUUAACUUUGGGAACAACGGGAGAAGCUGGCCAAAAUGUGACUCCUGUCUCCUCGAGUGGAAGCAGGCACGUAAGUGGAGGUAGAAAUAUUUGGGAGCCGGCGUAUGCUCACUCACGGGAUCAUCAUAGCAGCAGCAUUGAAGCUACGACUACAAAUGUUUCCACGCCUGUCACCAGCAGCAGGAAUGACGUCGUUCACAGUUUGCCGAGAGCUUUUCCUAGAAGUCUAAGUGAAAGUAACGCAAGGUCUGGUCGAGAGCAAUCCAAUUCAUCAUCCGAAACAGGACCGCCGGUGCUGGGCGGUAUUAAACAGCGGCUCCUUUCUUUUAUAUUCCGAAGUAUUCUUGAGCAUGACGACGAUCAUGUCCAGGUGACUUUGCAGCGAGCGCAACGCUUGAAACGUUUUUACUACCACUUUCAGCAUUACACGGAGCUGGUGAUGUGGAAGGUGCAAUUCUUGGACCGCUACCAUUUGCUGAUUAAGUUUGGCAGUGCGGAUGGAGUGAUUUCUCGGAGCUGUGAUGUUUCUCAGCAGCUUGCAUUUUUCGUGGUAUACAACUUUGAGACUACGGAGAUUUUGGAGUUCCAACAGAACUCUUCCCUAGAAUUGCUCCAGCUGUUUGAGAACUUCGCGGAUCACUUUCGCUCCGCACAACGCUACCCCGUGUACAUGAACUACGUGACAUCGUUUUCAAACAACGUGUUUGUGCGAGAGCAAAGCCGUGAGCAAAAAGUAGCCUGCAUCAAUACCAAAGCCAGCAACAAAGCGAACAGCUUCGCACCCAUUGCUAGGCGUACACUUGCAUCGUUGCCAGUAAACUCUCAGUCCCAAAGCCCUUCUGUGUAUUUCGACCAUUCACUCUUCCAUUUUGAUGAGAAGCUUAUCUCUGCUACUGAUCGACACAAGCCUUCCAUGGAGCAUCCUAUCAAGUUCCUAUCUCGAAGGAGACCACACAUUUUGAAGUUCAAGAUCAAUCCAGGUCCAGAGAAUGGUGCCAACGAGACUCGGAUCAAGCGAGUUGCUGCGUUCGUGUUCCAUCCAAUUUUUCCGUUUGCUAUAUCGAUUCAGCAAUCCUUCCUCCAAGCGUCGGUUGUUAACUUCCACUUCAGGAAAUGACCCUCGCUCUUGACUGUAAACAUUCUCUAGCGUAUAGUUCUCAGCUCUGGAUUUUUCUGUUUUCUAUGAGAUCGUGAUUUUUGGCUUUCACAAAUAUAACGUGUUAGCAAUGCAUCAAAUCAAAUAGUAAUUUACUAGCGUUGUAAUA